AUGUCACAAGCAGGUGUUUCUACAAUCUCUGAGCUGUUUUCGGCAACGGCCGUUGCACCCUUCGGGCUUCCAUUGGACCCAUACGAGGUGAAGAGCAGAACUCUCUCGACCAAGUACAACAUUAUUCAAGGCGCGUUGUACUUGUUAUCCAGCAACAUCUUCAACUACGCGUUGCCAACUGUUAGCGAAAGCGACGAGAACUUGAUCCAGUUGUGGUCCAACUUGAAGAGAAAGAACUUUUCAAACGAGAUCCCAAAGUUGCACAACCUGGACAUCUCCACUGACUCGGGUAACCUAUUACUUGGUUACUUGAAGAACUUCAAGGGCAGUGCCACCUUGAACGCUUCUGUUGAUGCCUUGCUCAACUUUGCCCCAGUUUUGGUCUCCCAUUCCAACAACGAGUACCACUCAUUACCGUUAUCCAUUCAGCUCUCCACUGUCAGCUACAAUUUCGAGAAGAACCAGCUGGUCUCAACGUACUCCGAGGCUUUGUCCAUUGCCAAAAGCUUGAGACUACCAGUUUUGACCUCUACCACUGCGUUGGAAGCCCAACUCUUCACACUUGUCUCCAUUGUUUUGUCCAAGUUCAACAUUGCAAACAUCCAUCUCUUCAACGGUUUGGAGUCCAUCAGAUCUAACGAGUCCUUGUCGGGCUUGUUAUCAUCAUCAGAAUUGAAACAUUUGUCAGACAAGUUGUACAACUCCCUUAAGGCAGACAUCUUAUCGGUAAACCCUACUGAAAUUGUCUCCUUGGCUUUGAACAAGUUGAAUGAGAUUCAAGGUUCAGACUACCAAGUGUUCAAAUUCUACGGUAACAAAAAGGCAGAAGUUGUUUAUGCUAUUUACCCAACAAAAGAAUCUAUCUCUGCCCUAGUCGAAUCUGUCGGCACUGAGAGUGAGUUCGGCUUCAUUUUGGUCAAGUCCCCUAUUCCUUUUGCGUCCAAGCAAUUCAACUCCUUGGUUUCUGCAGAUGUUAAAAAAAUCGUCGUUGUUUCUGAGUUUUUGAACGAUUCCACUUCAUCAUUGAAGUUGGAUAUCCAAGCAUCAUUGUUUUUCGAAAGCAGAUUUCAUACUCAAGUUGUCAACGAUACUUUUGAUUUUGUUGUUAAGAAGUUUGCUUCUUCCUUCUCUUCUGCAUCAAGCGCUGCUUCUUACAAAUUCUUGUUGAACGACAACUCUAAAUUCAUUGAAUUACCUGCCAAGUUGGCCCACGCGUUAUCCUUGACCCAAGAGUUAGAUGUCAAGUUCAGACCAGUUUACGACAACACAGUCAACGCUGGGUUGUUCCAAGCAGAUAUUCAAACCGGUUCAGUGUAUGAUUACAGUGGAAAGUUUGACUUUAUUGUUGUUGAAGACACCAACAUUCUCAACUCUGUUGAUGUUUUCUCCCUUUUGAAGUCUGGCGGAAAGUUGCUCGUCAUAAACAACGAAGAGACCGUUUUCGAUGAAAGCAAAAUUAUUGAAAAAUCUUUGUCUGUGAAGGUGAAGAAGAUUUUGGCUCAGUCAAAGUCGAACUUAGACUUCCUUGACUUGAACGUUAUCGGAGAAGUCGACGGAACUAAGGGCAGAACUGCAUCCAUUGCUAUCCAGACAGCCUUCUGGUCUUUGAACUACCCAUCAUGGGACAAGCAUUCAGUUGUCACCAAGAUUCUUCAGUUUUUCGGUUCUGAGGCCGAAUUGUUAGCCUCUGUUAUUGCUGAUCAAGUUGAAAACGUGAAGGCCAAUGGCUUCAAAGAGAUCAAGUUUGACGUUGAGUGGGAGAAAUUAGAGGAUGCUGAAAUUGAAGGUUCUGAGGAGGGUGAUGUUUUUGCUAUUGUCAGAGAAACCUCGUUCAAGCCAAACCCAAGAGAAGCCUUCAUUGACAACAUGACUGUUAAGACUGAGAGAAAGACAGACUUGACCAAGAAGCUGAUGUUCAAGGAAGCGUACGGCACCACCUCGUCGUUAAGACCUGACCAGCCUGUGGAGAACUUCGUUGUGAAAGUCAAGGAGAACAAGAGAUUGACUCCUGGUGACUACGACCGUAACAUCUUCCACAUUGAGUUUGAUGUCUCCGGCACCGGGUUGACCUACAACAUUGGUGAGGCGCUUGGUAUCCAUGGUAGAAACAACGCCGAUUUGGUCAAUGAGUUCAUCCAGAUGUACGGGCUGGACGGCGACGAGUUGAUUGAGGUUGUUUCGAAAGACAGCCACGAGGUUCUCGAGGUGAGAACGUUGAGACAUUCGUUGAUCGAGAACCUCGACUUGUUCGGUAAGCCACCAAAGCGGUUCUACGAAGCGUUGGUUGAGCAUGCGACCGACGAGACCGAGAAGAAGAAGCUCGAGCAGUUGAUUUCUCCUGCCGGUGGCGCUCUGUUCAAGAAGUUCCAGGAGGAGGAGUUCUACACCUUUGCCGACAUCUUCGAACUCUUCAAGUCUGUGAGACCGGCUGCGCAGGAGCUCGUGCAGAUCAUCAGCCCGUUGAAGAGAAGAGAGUACUCGAUUGCUUCGUCGCAGAAGCUGCACCCUACUGAGGUGCACUUGCUCAUUGUGGUGGUGGACUGGGUGGACAAGAAGGGCCGCAAGCGGUACGGCCAGUGCUCGAAGUACAUCUCGGACCUGCGUGUUGGCGACGAGCUUGUUGUCAGCGUCAAGCCCUCGAUCAUGAAGUUGCCUCCUCUCACCACGCAGCCGAUCGUCAUGGCCGGCUUGGGUACCGGGUUGGCGCCUUUCAAGGCCUUCAUCGAGGAGAGACAGUACCAGCUCGAGCACGGCGCCGAGAUCGGCGAGAUCUACCUCUACCUCGGCUCCAGACACAAGAGACAGGAGUACUUGUACGGCGAGUACUGGGAGGCCUACAUGGACGCAGACGUCUUGACCCACCUCGGCGCCGCCUUCAGCAGAGACCAGGUCAAGAAGGUCUACAUCCAGGACAAGAUCAGAGAGAACCUCGACGAGCUCACAGACCUCAUCAUCAACAAGAACGGCCACUUCUACCUCUGCGGUCCGACCUGGCCUGUGCCGGACAUCAGUGCCUGUCUCCAGGACAUGUUUGCUGCCGACGCCGCCCACCGCGGCGUCAAAAUCGACGCCGCCAAGGCUGUCGAGGACCUCAAGGAGGAAGGCAAGUAUGUUUUGGAGGUCUACUGA